UUUUUACUGACCGUCUUAAUUCCGCUCCGUCAGCAGCAGGCCCCUGAAGCCACAGCCCCCAGUAGCCAAAAUGUCACUGCAGGAGUCCAGGAUGUCGAACAGCGGGACACUCAAACGUACGCCUGUGGGCGAGCACUGCAUAGCAGUGCAGAAAGGGAUGGCUGGAUGACACAAGCUCAUUGAGGGCCUACUUGAGUCUUCUUUCCCUCCUGUGUGUGUCAAUCAGGCAUCAACAGCGCCGACAAGGGGUGAGAAGCGAGGCAACCGAGCCCCACCGGGAAUGUCGUGUUUCAUGGUGGAUGGGAUGGCUGGCGACUGUGUGCAGGCUGAGCCUGCCCCCGAUGAGCAUCGACGCGCCGACUCGCGGCCCAGAGUACACACGCGUGUUCUACAGCAGGUCGGUCGGGCUGGCCCAUUGCAAGCAUUCUCUGCACGGUCUGUCUGUCUGUCUAUGUGUCUGUCACACAGGUCAAAUGCCGUGUACGGCUCGCAGCAGCCGUCUCGGCUGGAGCCGCCCAAGCACGGCCUCAAUGGCAGAUACGCGGAGCUGCUCGCCAAGGCCGGCCCUUACAGGUGGGCAAAUGGACACACACAUGGGAGGGAGGGAGGGAGGGUGAGUGAGUGGGGCAUGGCGACGGUGCAUCCACCACCAAUUGUGUGUGUGAUGUAGGUAUUUCGGCCUGAAGACCAAGGUGGACACGGCUCGGUGGAUCGAUGGCGAAAAGGACUGGAUUGACAAGUCGAUUUGACAUGUAUACUAUUCAUGCCGUCAAUGCUCGACCACCGACUCUGUGCACUCGAACAUUCGUCAGUGUUGGCGCUUGCUGGGGAAGGACUCUUAUGUGUCUCGAGUGCAUGUGUAGUGUGUGAAUGAGGGACGCCUCGCGCGUGUGCGCGCGUGUGUGUGUGCAAGUGGCAGUGAAGGACCCUCCUAUUUAUCUAUCUAUCCAUCAAUCCAUCGUCA